UACAAGGAGCUGACCCGGUGGCUGUCAUAGUGACAGUCCCGUACCGGCUGCUGGAUGGUUUCUGACAAGCGAGUAUCCUACCUGGGCUUAUAUUAGUUUGUACUUACGUGGGGAAAAAACUUGCUUACUUCGCCGUUGCUAAGUUUCCUCCAUCGAAAUUCAGGCGGAGAUGCGCAGCAGCGUUCGUUUUUAGCUAACAUUUAGCUAGCUCCUAGUCGGCGUCGGACUGGUAAAUAAACUUCACCACAGUUCGUGUUUGACCGGCUGAGUAACCGGUAAAACGAUGAGAAAGGCGUUUCUGCGACACGUCCGCCGGUUCCCGUGGGUCACCAACGUUACUCUGUACGGCUGCCUGUUCGCCGGCGGAGACUUCGUCCAUCAGUGGUUCUCGCGGAGAGAGAAAAUGGACUGGAGCCACACGCGCAACGUCGCCGUGGUCGCGUUCAGUUUCCAUGGCAACUUCAAUUUCUUCUGGAUGCGCUUCCUGGAGCGGCGGUUCCCCGGUAACUCCUACCGGAUGGUGCUGAGGAAGCUGCUGCUGGACCAGACCACGGCGGCACCCCUGGCCACCACCGUCUUCUACACAGGCGUCAGUUUCCUGGAGGGAAAAGAGGACAUCAUGGAGGACUGGAGAGAAAAAUUCCUGAAUACAUACAAGACGGGGCUAAUGUUCUGGCCAUUCAUGCAGUUUGUGAACUUUGCCCUGGUGCCUCUGUACGUUCGCACCACCUUCACCGGCUGCUGCGCCUUCGUCUGGGCCACCUUCUUGUGCUUCUCACGUCAAAGCGGCGACGGAACGGCUGCUGCUGCUCUGGCCUGGAUGUUCCCCUCUAAAGAGGAGGAAGCAGAGCCCACAGAUGAGAAAGUAGACUCUAAGAAUAAGGCAGAUGCUUCCAAAGAGGGAACAGCAGCCUCUAAAGCCACUCAGUAACAGACUCUGAACACGGAAUCUAAACUGGUCUGACCAGGAUCCAGCUGCUGUGUUGGCCAGCAAUUAAAUCUGGUUCUUUCUAGCUCAGUGGUUGAUGUUAAACUAACUCUGCCAGGGUCUUCGAUUGAAGAUUCACUGAGGCAAGACAGAAAAUGAUGCUGCAAGGUGCUCUGGGAAACAGCCUCUGGCAAAUGGAAUGUAUAUGCAGUGUAUUUUUAAAUAUUAAUCCAGUAUAGCAGCUCAGUGGAAAAAUAUCAUUCAGUCCCACUCUUCCAUCUCACAGUGAAGUGUUUCCAUGCUCUAUUUGUCAUCACGUUUGUUUAUUUAUUUUUAUUAAUACAAUCUUGUCACAUUUCCUACAAGAGUGAAAGUUAAAAUACUGGAAUGAUUUCUGAGGACCUCUGCAGUAUGUCUCAGACAGAACUCAACAAGAAUCAUUUCCACUGUGUGGAGUGGCAGCUAAUUUAUUAGCUUAGACUUUUAAUCUAGUGAAAUUUGAGUAAAACUACAAACUUUCAAAUAUCUUGUUUUUAUUAGCACGAGUGCUUUAUUCACGGCAACUGGAUGCCUGAUCUCUAAGGACUAUCUGCGUUGGUUACAGUUUACACUCUGGUACAUGAAAUACCACAUACAGAUGCGCACAGGUACCAAUAAUCUAUUAUAUUAUAACAUAACUGUGUUUUAUUAAUGUGUAUGGAAAUGGUGCAAUACUGAAAAACAAGAAAUACAUAAAAAAGAAAGUAAAAUUGAUCUAAAAGCACAUUUUUGGUUUCCACAUUUUGAAGCACUACAGUAAUUAGAUGCCACCCAAGAUUAGUUUGAGCUUUUCUAGUAAUAAUUGAUGAAGUUAGUCUCAAACAUCCAUCUACUUGAAUCUUGAAAUGCUGCCUGCCUGUUUUUGGACAAUGUGUUAGUGUUUAGCUGUGGUCUGGUGUCUCUUUUUGCACCACUUCAUUUUAUUUUCCAUAAUACCUGCUAUUGGUACCCUCUUCAUAAAUAGUUUAUAGGUGUUCUUGCCUGUAUUGAUUCUUCAACUGUACUGUCUGAUGCCUUUGCCAGGCAGCGGUUGGUUUUAAAAACAGAGUGCAGCUCAGCACAAGAGCUGUCUGUUAUUCCUAUAUAUAGAAUUUAAGGAAAGAUUUAGGGCAACCUUCUCUGUCUCAGGCCAGUAAACAAACUUCUGCUUUCAAUUGUGCUUCCAUGUAAUGCAGAAAUCCCCAGCAAUCUGUGUUUGUUUCUGUUUGUCUAAUAUGGUUGAGUUUUAAUUAUAGUUUGUAAUUACGCAUUCUGAAGUAGCUACAGUAGUAUGCUAGCGUGCGAUUAUUAGAUUUGAUGUCUCACCGAACUAAAUUAUUAAAGUGAAUAGCAUAUUAAUAUAUAAAGCAGUAUUUGAAAAGAGGAUGUUUUAUCUUUUAAGUUGCAUCAUUAGACAUAGUUGUGUCAUUUUUGUGUAGAAUCAGAGUGUUUUUGCUUAUAUGCUUGAUGUGCAACACUGGAACUAAAAUGUCAUAUCAGUGAAGAUUCCCUUUGUGCAUAUCUGCUCGGUAAUAUUAUCAUCUCAUUCAAAAAAUGGUACGUUGUUUAAACACUGUAAGAAUUUUCUCAUUUAUUUUUGAAAUUUUGGAGAUCACAAAGAACAGAUGAGCUGUGUCGACUUGAAAGCUGAUUUGUUCUUGUUUAAUUUUUGCACUAACUGUGGUACUGCUGAAUAAAAAGAUAACAUCCCA